CCCGCUGUACCCUCGGUCACCUGUUAGUUCCUGUCAGAGCGGUCUCUGCCAAUUCCCUCCUCCUUCCUUCUGCCCAAUCCUCGCUCAGUCUCCUCUGCCCCCACCCGUGCACAGCCCUAUAAUAUCCCCAUCCCGUUCCGUCUUGGGUCCAUUGACCAAUAAAAAUACACCCACACCGGCAAAUAUCCCGAGCCUCCGAAGCAAUGCGGUGAAUUUCCCGGGAAGUCGCAGGACGGAAAGUAUUGGCCAGCCCAGCAACACCAAAUCUGAAAGAGUAACCAGGCGUGGUGAGGGUGGACAUGGAUUCCAGACAGCAGGGAGAGAGUUGGACCGUGGUGGUAAAAUGUCCCAUUUGUCAGGAAUUCUUCACCGAUCCGGUUAUACUGGAUUGUGGACACUACUUCUGCCGCUCCUGUACCACCCAGAGUUGGGAAAAGCAGGAGAGAAAAUCCUGCCCGGAAUGUAGACAGGAGUUUCCGGAUAGAUCCCUCAGAGGAAACCGGGCCUUAGCGAAUCUGGCCGAGAAAGCUCGAACAUUAAAUCUGAAUCCACAAGAGAAGGAAAGUAAACAUCACUGUGAGGAACAUCAGGAAGAACUGAAGCUGUUUUGUGAAACUGACAAGAAAUUGAUCUGUGUGAUUUGUAGAGAUUCCUGGGAACACAAAUCUCACAACUUCAUCCCGAUCACAGAAGCUGUUGGACUCUACAAGGAUCGGGUGAAAUCUUCCUUGGAUUCUCUCACAGAGAAAAAAUCAGCAGCUCUAGAAAUGGAGCGGGAGCAGAAACAGCAGAUUUCCCAGAUUCGGGAACAGGCGAACUGCCUGCAGAGCCACAUCGAAUCAGAGUUCACUAAAAUGCACCAGAUUCUCACUGAGAAAGAACAGACUUUACUCCGAGAUCUCAGGGAAGAAGAGGAGAGGACUCUGCAACCAAUGGAGAAAAGGCUUCGAGAGAUCCAGGAGAAUUUAAAUUCAACUGCGGGGAAGCUCUCUCAUCUGGAGAAACAGUUGAAACAAAAAGACCAAGUGAUAUUCUUGAAGGAGGAAGUAUCUCGGAAGAGAAGGAUUAGUGAUGAACGCAAUGUGCUGUUACUGACAGAUGGAGUCCUGUCUAUUGGAAAGUACAACAGCCCUUUACAGUACACAGUGUGGAAGGAGAUGUUCAAACACAUCAGGCCAGUUCCAGCCUCUCUGACUCUGGAUCCGAACACAGCGCAUCCCCGGCUCAUCCUGUCUGAGGACCGGAUCAGUGUGAGACUCGGAGACACAGAGCAGCCGCUCCCUGACUCCCCGGAGAGAUUUGAUUCCAGUCCCUGUGUCCUGGGAUCAGAGGGAUUCACAUCAGGGAGACAUUACUGGGAGGUGGAGGUGGGAGACAAGACUGAGUGGAUUCUGGGAGUGGCCCAAGAGUCUGUAGAGAGGAAAGGGGGGAUCAUCCUGAUCCCAGAGACCGGAUUCUGGAGUGUGGAACUGCAUCCUGGAGAUUGCUAUUUAGCUGCCACCUCCCCGUCUGAUAUCCGCCUCCCCCUGAAUGUAAAUCCCAGGAAAAUCGGGGUGUUCCUGGACUAUGAGGGUGGACAGGUGUCAUUUUACAAUGCGGACACCAUGUCCCAUCUCCACACUUUCACCCACACUUUCACAGAGAGGGUCUUUCCCUUCUUUAAUCCAGGAUCAAGUGACAACAGGAACAACUCUGCUCCACUGACAAUCUGUGAAACAAUGGUCCCAAACCCCUCCAUCCCUCAAGAUCAGACCACCUCCAUGUUUCAGCAGCUUCUAGCAUUUUUUUUUAAUUUCAAAAAUAGACUUUAUUCAUAAAAUAAUUUGAUGGUCUGUACAGUUGGUCAUGCCAUACUUAUGUAAACAUGUAUAUACAGAGAUCAGAAUUUAUCAACUUUACAUACAGGUCUGUAUGUUUAUCAAUCAUGUAUCCACAUCUUUAGCUUAGGCGUCGCAACAUUGAAAUAAAGAAAA